CUGCUGAAGUGUCCAGAGACUCUCUGAUAGAGGGUGGACCUGGCAGAGAUGGCUGGCAGUGCUCACAGUCAUGUGAAUGUACUCAGCCGCAGCCAACUGAAAUUUGCACAGGAAGAAUAUAUACUCUAACGCAUUAGCUAUGUGGGGUUGGAUUCAGGCAGAGUAAGGACAGCUAUGGGACCUUGGAUUAAGGAUUAGAUCAUAUGAUUGUGUGUCCCUCUGUGUGCUGCAGAGAUCUGGAAGUAGUUGUAUAAGGAGAUUUUGUGUUUAAGCUAUUGCCACUGCCAGAAGUGGUAAAACAGAGCUACACCAAGAUCAGCGUCAGGAAGAAAGCAAUAGAAAGUACCAGGUUAUUUCUUAUUUAUAUAAUCAGUUUUCGUUUAAAGAAUGUCAGUGAAAGAGAUUUGUUCUGUUUACUUACAUCAGCAGAAAGCAGAGCCGUUAGGAAUUCUGCAGGUUUACUUCACUGAAUACAAAAACUUCUGUUAUACUGUGAGCCUGUUAAAGCUCCAGAUGCAGUAUUGCUAACCCUAUUCAUUCAAAAAUUGUGAGUCAGGCCCCCACCAAAAAAAUCAUAAGCUUAUCUUUAAAAAAAUGAAAUUUUAAAAAAUAAUGUUUUGAUUAUUUUGAUUUGCACUGUGCUUCAGCUUUUAUGGGUCAUGUUUUGAAGCUUUUCUUUGUAGCUGUGAGGGCUAGAAACACUUUCAUUUUUCACAUAAUCAAUUGAUUUGAGUAGUUGGGGCUUUAAGAAAAAUACCAAAUAUUGCAAGGCUUGUGAUAAAAUCCUGAGGGUUGGCGACACAGCAGAUGAUGCUAGUUCAAAAUUAAAAUAGCCAUAUCCUUGACAAGUUUACCUUUAACACGCUGGGGUGGACAACUGAAAGAUUAUGUUUAGCGUUAAAGCAUUCUCUUUGGUAGAAGCUAUUCAGUUGGCCACUAGCUGCUCAAGGUUGGCUGGUAGACUUAUUCAUCCAGCUGUUUGUCAUGUGCAUCACUGGACAAAAAGGAGUAUGGAUUCCAGGUGGAGCUACAGGACUGGCCCAAACAGCACUGGCAGAGCUGGAAUAAGUGCUCCCCAAACCAAGAUCAUGGAACAGCGAGAGCUGCCUGUGCUUUUGGUUAAUGAGGUGGGCGGUGUAUGUGGUGUGCUGGAAGCUCAUGUGGAAUUCUUGAAGAAACACUUUCACCUUAUCACCAUGAAGGAAUUUCUCAAAAACAAAAAACAUUGAAGCAAAAAGGUCCAAGCUAUUUAUUUGUGGUGGCACAAACCAAUCAUUGACCGGGAACUCCUCGAGAGCCUGCCUGACUUGAAGGUGAUUGCAAAUUCCGGUGCAGGAAUGGACCACUUGGAUCUGAAACUAAUCUCUAGCUUUGGAGUGAAAAUGGCUAAUGCUCCACAUGCUGUUUCCAGCUCCACAGCAGACACUGGAAUGGCUUUGCUGCUGGCAUCUGCUAGAAGACUGGUGGAAGGCUGUCAGAUGGCAGUUUCCCCAGACACUGAGUGUUUUGCUGCUGACUGGCUGGGAGAUGAAGUCACCGGAGCUACUCUUGGUAUCAUUGGAAUGGGCAGAAUUGGGUAUAAGAUUGCAUUGAGGGCCAAAGCUUUUGAAAUGAAAAUUCUGUAUCACAACAGGAACCAGAGAACUGAGGAAGAAGAACGGGCUGUUGGUGCUACUUAUUGUCCAAAGAUAGAAGACUUGCUCCAGCAGUCAGAUUUCGUGAUGCUGGUUGUGAGCCUGACACCGCAGACAUGUAAACUGAUUGGGAAAAAGGAGUUAGAACUGAUGAAACCCACUGCUACUCUCAUUAACAUCAGCAGAGGUCCAGUGGUAGACCAAGAUGCACUGGUGGAAGCUCUUCAGACUGGUGUUAUCAAGGCUGCGGCUUUGGAUGUCACUUACUCCGAACCACUUCCCAGAGAUCAUCCAUUAUUAAAACUAAAGAACAUUCUCAUAACUCCUCACCUUGGCAUUAAAACAGACAAGGCCAUUUGCAUGACAACAGAGGAAGCAGUUGCAAAUAUAUUGGCAGCUCUUAAUGGUCUCCCUAUCCCCAAUGAAGUGUUUCCCUAGCUGAUAUAUUAAAGGACACAGCUAUAAAAGAACAUUAUUCUACAACUCUCCUUACAGGAAUGAAGACUUGUUAUUAUAUAUGUGUGAAACCUUUGAAUUGAACCUCAACCUUAGCCUUGAUUUUGGUUUGCAAAUAAAUAAUAAUAGCUCUCUUAUAUUGCAUUUUUCAUCAGUAGAUCACAAAGUACACUCUACAAUUGAGGUCAGUAUCAUUACUCCUAUUUUACAGAUUGGGAAACUGAGGCACAGAGAGAGGAAAUGACUUGCCCAAGGUCACCCAGCAAGCCAACGGCAGAGCCAGGAACGGAAUGCAGAUCUCCUCAGUCCCAGUCUAGUGUUCUAUCCUCUUGUCCAAAUGUAGAUCCAACUGUAAAUGGUUUCCAUAUCUUAUUGUUCACUUUGUACUUUGUCACAGCUGGACACAAGCUAAAUGGAUCUGUGAAAACAUUUACUGCUGCUGAUCGUUGGUGUGUUUAUAGUUCUAACAAUGUUCUUUAGGGGAGAUUAAAUAGGGUACUCCCAUAAUAUUUUCCAAUAUGUUAAUUAGCUUACUUCCAAGUCUGGUGAAUAUGCCUGACCUUGUUGAAACCCCACCUAGUCUAUCAUUUUGCAGUGGCUUUUUAAUAUAGAAAAACAAGUUUAUUCAAAUCCAAGCUUUUAUAUAUUUUAGAGCCAUCAAAAUAUGUACUCCAGUAAACUUCAGUAGCCCUUUUAAGGUGAUAUUAUACAAGAUAAAAUUUCCCAAAUUAUGCCAGUCCCAGAGACUUUAAGAAAUAGUAUUUCCAUAGACGAGAAAGGCAAUUAAUGUCUUUCAAAGGGGAAAUACAGCUGGCUUUGAUGGGUUUCGCACUGAAUUUUGUAUGUCAGUUCUUAAAGAAAAUGUUUUAUGAAGGCUUGCAAGAAGAAAUGACUCCCAUCCACACUAGCUGAGGCCUAAAUAAUACUUACUCAUAAAACAGGAAAAGACCCUUCAUUACAUGUCUUCUACCUACCAAUAGCCAUACUUAAUAAAGAUAUGAAAAUAUUGGCCAAUACCCUCAUGCUAGGAUUAGGGAGAUAUCUCUCAUAAUUCAAUAUUGUCCAUAAUUAAUUAACACAGAUAGAGGCUUUGUGCUCAUCUACAGAUUGUCCAGUAAUCUCAGAAGAGUUUUUUUAUUUAAUUCAUUAUUCCAGUGUCACCAAAACCCUCACCCAUAUAAUAUCUAUGGAGACAUAAAAGCCCUUUGCGUAGACAAGCCUUCUUUUUAGGUAUUAAAUCAGUUUGACCUUGGCAAAAUGUUGAUUACAAUUCUGAGCCCCAAAAAACCACAGUGCUGAUUAUUACUAAAAAUCAGCUCCUUCUGCCUCGUUUAAAGACAACAGCUAGAGAUAUCUCCGCUCCCCAGUGCUGUUUUUUCUUGUUAUGGAACCUCUCGUAGAGAUGUUUAGAAGCAGUAAACAAAUAAAUGUAUACAAAUUGGCAAGAUAGAGGAAGAAGUUGCGCUGUAUACAGCUGAUUUGCUGACUUUUGUUGUACUCAAGAUGUCUAGUCCACGCCUGCUUUAUGAGACGCUUGCAAAAAUAUAGUAAACUAUCUGGUUACAAAUUAAGAUCUCCGAAACCUCUGAUGUCCUGCUGUGUAAGGGAGCCACAUAGGAAGUCUUCAUUUAAACAAGUUCCAUCAUGAAUAAAAUAUCUUACAGUGCAAGUCCCUUCAAACCUCAAAAAUGGAUCCAGGAUACAUAUCACCACUUAAUCCAUUCAACCAGGACUUACUCAGGCAGGCUAAUUAUCAGCAACAGCAGUGGGAAGGAGAGUCAUCUUCAAGAUGAAAUUUCCACUGUGUUUGGAAUACCAGAUGUACUCAUAUAAAUUUACCAUCCUGAUAAAUGUUGGGUUAAGGCCUACGUAACUGGGGGUAGCAUACUUUGGGAUCUUUCACCACAAGAUCUGACACUCUGCCUCCAGGGAUAAAUCUGGGCAAUAGGAUUCCAGCUUUUAUAAAAAGAGAAAAACCCCAACAACUUGUAUUGAGUACUUUGACACUCUGUACCUCAAAGCAGCUCCCUAGACCCCCAUAUUCACCCCAUAUAAUUAUGAUAUAUUUCAUAUAAAGCAUGCCAUGUCCUUACAUGAAUGCCAUGUUCAUAAGAGAAAUCAUGAUCUGCUGAAAUCCAUUGUUCUGUCCAAAUAUGUAUAUCAUUAGGGUGUAUGAAGUUAUGAGAUUUUGCUGUAUGGUUGUUACUGAGAUGUGUUGUAAGUCUGAGAGUCUCUAAUGCUAAUUCUGCAGUGACAAGGACAAGGGACAUAACCAACACUUGUGCGGGUGUUGAACGAUCAUCACCAGUCAUUGACUAGCAGGGGAAUAGUAAACAAGGGAUUUACAAUUCAAUGACAGUUGUGCAAACACCACACAAUGGGGACUGCUCAACUCUGUGAUUCACCAAGGCUCACCUGGGCCUGUGUCUUCCAGGCACAUGGACUGAGGAUAUAAAAUAGCGGACAGUGGCAUCAUGAUAGGGCUUUUCUCCUCCCCCACCUAUGCUGGAAGCAACAAAAAUGCUGGGAAGACAAAGACUUUAGCUGAGGAGACUGGUCCCAGGCUUAGAAGGGGAAGCCUGUGUAUUAAGAACUGAAACAUCCAGUGGGGUGAGAAAACACUAGAUCUAAACACUGUCUAGUGUAACAAGCUUUAAGAUUUAGACUGCGCUCUUACCUUUUAUUUUCUUUGGUAACUAUCUCUGACCUUUUAUGCAUACCACUUAUAACCACUUAAAAUCUAUCUGUAGUUAAUAAAUCUGUUUUAUGUUUUACCUAAAACAGUGUGCUUUGGUUGAAUUGUUUGGGAAAUCUCAAUUCAGGUUACAAAGGCCUGUGUGUGUUGAGGGAGAGGCGGACUGGGUUAUAAACUUAUACUGGUCAGGCUUCUGACCAGGGCAAAAGGGUAUAGUCUGAGGUGCAAGGUUGGAGGUUUGGCAGAUUUACUGGUGCCUUCCUCUGCGUGAUUUCAUGAGUGGCUCUGGGAGCAUUCAUGCAAUUUAGCUGGGUGUGUUGCUCCAUGUGUUGUUGUGCUGAGUGAUAACAGCACCUGGAGGGAUUUGCUGCUUGUAACUAGCAAAGCAUUGUGAGAGACAGCCCAGGCUAGAGAGUUAAGGAAGCACAGUGGUACCCCAGUUCCAGCUUGUACCCCAGGGAUCUUCUCACAAGUACUGUUCGCUAAAAAUGUGUAUAUUUACUAUUGGACAUCAGAGCAAAAUCCUAUGCUAGACCAAUGGUUUUCAUUCAUCAGACUUUUUGCUUACAGUACAGAUCGUGGUUUACAUCACACAGAAAGAAAUGGUUAUACAUAAAAAAUGGUUAUACAUGCUACUAUACUUUUGUAAAAACUCUAUAGUGUAUUCCUUACCAUAUAGCAUCAAAGACUACUUCAGCCUGUUUUCAAUCUGAUCUGAACCUAUAUUGUCUUAGUAUGUAUAUACAAUCUAAAUAAUUCAUCUAUGUACUACUUCAAAGUGUUAGUGCUUGUGUAUUGUAUUACUGUUUUAUUUGUUUAUUACAUUAGUGCAAAUAAAUAUAUCAUGAGUGAAAUUCUGACCCCACUGAAAUCAGAGGCAAAAUUCCCACUGACUUAAAUGGAGCCAGGAUUUCAUCCCUUGGGUUUAGGUAGCAGUGUGUGAGAAGCCCUAGAAAGAUCUUUGAUAGAAACAAGCAAUCAUCAUUUAAAUUAUCAUUUAAAUUAAAUUGUGCACAGCACUACCUAGUACUUACAAAUACAAAUAGAUAAGAGCAUGUUAAUGCACUUGUACAAUACUCCCAUAUUGACACCUCCUUAUCUAUUAUUGGGUGUGGACCACGUCUAUCUUGAUUGAAUUGGCCCUGUCAGCACUGGUUCUCCACUUGUAAGCUAACUCCCUUCUCUUCAUGUGUCAGUAUAAUAAUGCCUGCAUCUGUAAUUUUCACUCCAUGCAUCUGAAGAAGUGGGUUUUUUACCCAUGAAAGCUUAUGCCCAAAUAAAUCUGUUAGUCUUUAAGGUG